AUGUUUAACUAUUUUACAUAUUUUCGCAAAAUAGAGACAUUAAACAAGUUUCUUUAUAAAAUUAUUUUUUAUAAAACACCUGAAAAAAGUCCUAUAGAUAUAAAUGUACAAGAACAGUAUAUUAUUUGUCAAGACAAAAUUUGUCCUAAUCUUCAAAAAUCUAUUGUGAUUUGUUUUAUAAAUUUAACUGAUACACAUUGUCCAAUUUGUCGUGCAGAGUUUAAUGAAGACUUAGAGAAUACUUCUUUUAUUACUAAUAAUUUUCAGAAAAUUAAUCCAGAAUCAUUAACUAGAUCUACAACUCCUAUUCCUUCAAUUUCAGCUACAUCAAUUGUAACUGUUAGUACAACUACAACCAUAGAAUCUGCUAGACUUAGAAAGUUACAAAAAGCAAGAGGAAUAUUAAGAGAAUUAUUAACUAUUAAUAAUAAUACUGAGAUGAUGGAUAUAAGUUUUGAUGAAGAACAAAAUAAUGAAAAUAUUAAUGGACCAUCUUUAGCAUAUCUUUAUGUUAGUGCAUGUCGUACAAAAGAGUCUACAAUAAAAAAUACUCAAGUAGAAAUUCUUAGCUGGUAUAAAUUUGCUGAAAAAUUUGAUAAUAGAGUUAAAGAAAUUCUAGCUAAUCAAAGAAUAGCUAUAAAGACAGCUAAGACUGAAGCUUAUAAAGAAAUUCUUAAACGUCUUCCUGGUAUUAAAUUAGAAACUUUACGCAAAAGAACUCAAAAAGCAAAUACAAUUUAUACAUUAUUCAAAUAUGUUGGAAUUGAUAAAAUUGAUAGAAUUAGAUCUUAUAGUGCAAAUGAAAUUUCAAAUCUUA